ACUACCUAUAGAAACAACUAUUUUUAUGAUUAUAUACGUAAAUACAUGUAGUUACUAGGUACCUACUACCUAUACAUAUAUGGAACACAAUUUCAUAAUUUUUGCUAUAGGUACCUACUUCUUUAGUUUAAUUGCCUAACUUUACAUUUUUUUUAAUAACUGCCUAACAUUUUAUGCAUUUUGUCACCUUUUGGCCCUUGCUACCUUUAAAAUUCCACAUAAAAGAUGAUCAAAAGUAAUGCGCCUACAAAGAUUUAGUUUUACUUUUCAACUCAGAGAAUGAAGAUUUUAAAGAAACUCCUAGUAUAAAUUAAACAUUUGAAAUGCCUCGGUCGCGUAUAUCAAAAAUAAAAUGCCAUCCCAAGAAAAAAUUUUUCGUGAGAGAUUCAAUUCACACUGUGCUUAUGUCAAAUUAUCAAUAUAAAAGUAUUUAUAACAUGUGUAUAGCCAUUUUCUUCAUUCUACUUUUGGACAACAUUUCACAAGAAUUCUUGAAAAGUAAAACAAUUACUUUGGGACUUCAAACAAUAGUUCGAGGCUUUGGACUGCUUCAUGUAGUAUUCAUUGUCUGGGUUCUAUUGCAUGUUCCUAUUAUUGGACUAUACUUUGCUCUCCGGGGUUGGUAUAAUGGCGUUCAAAUGCUGAAAUCAAGUUCAGCUCUUAAAAUCGUAUGGAACAUAUGUUGUUUACUUUGUUUUACCGGAUUGCAGUUCAGUCUUAUAUAUGUAAGCACAAGAGUUUGCCUUGUGUAUAGGUUACCCUUUGGAUCAGCAUUUGCAUUACUAAUUGAAACAUUUCGCUUGAUGAUGAAAUGCCAUGCCUUCGUGAGAACCAAUGUGCGAAGACUUAUUGUUAAUAACCAAUUUACAUCAAUAUCAUCGUACUUAUAUUACCUUUUUGCUCCAACAUUCAUAUAUCAAGACGCAUAUCCUAGGACAGAAAAGAUUCGAUGGAAAAUUGCGUUCAAAAGCCUGUUGGAAAUUAUUGCAAUCAUAUUUCUUGUCAGUUUCUUAUACGAGGGCUAUAUUCAGCCAAACUUUCAAGCUAUUGGGUUUCAAAAUUUUACUUUAGAAAAAAUUGCCGGACGAUUUUUUGGAAUUAUAUUGCCUUCAAAUUUAAUAUUUUUUGGUACAAACUAUUUGGUAUUGCAUAGCUGGUUAAAUUUCGCUGGUGAAGUUAUGCGUUUUGGAGAUCGUUUGUAUUAUGAGGAAUGGUGGACAUCUGGUGAUUUUAAAACAUACUAUCGCUCUUGGAAUAUAACCGUUCACGAAUGGUUUUACGAAUUUAUUUAUAAAGACUCCUGCAAGUAUAUAUUUAAGGGGUCCCAAGCUGGAUCUGCUUUGUUGGUGUUUUGGCUUUCGACAUUUAUGCAUGAGUAUGUGAUUGUUUUUUCCAUGCGGAUGUUUUUUCCGCUAUUGUCUAUUCUAUAUGGAGUUUUUGGAGUUUGUCUCUAUUUCACAACUAGUCAUCUGCCUCCCCGCAUAGGAAAUAUAAUAGUUUGGUUGUUUUUAUUACUAGGCUCAGCAGUACUCAUAUCUUUUUAUUCAAUGGCAUAUUAUAGCCAAUUUAAUUCUUUUUAAACUAGUUAAAACAUUGUCCUUACCAAAUCAUAAAAAUACUUUUAUCCUCAGAGGGGAGGGGGGAAUCAUUUGAGAACUUAUUUAUCAUUUUUGUUUUGAUUUUUUAAGUUCAGUAAACCGAAACAAACAGGAAGUUUUGUAAGAAUAAACCAGAUUAAAAUAAAAUAUAUAUGUAC